AUGAAAAACAUGCUCACCAGAGAAGAGAAAUAUUUUGAGGAAAUCCUCAGAAAGACCAACAACUAUAACAUAUAUGGGGAUGUAAAUGAUAACAAAGUAGAUAAAAAUAUAGUAAAGAAAAUAGCAAUUUUAUAUGAAAUAUUUAAUAGAAUAAAUAAAGAAAGGAAUAACAAUAAUAAUAUAGACUUCAUAUAUACUAGUGAUAUAAAAUAUUCAUUAAAAUAUGAUGACUUUGUCAGAAUACGAUUUCAUAUAAUCCCAGUAGAAAGGAAAGGAAUAAAUUCAUUAGACAAAAAUAAUUAUCAUUAUAUUGAAAAUUUAAAUAAUGUAAUAAGUAAUGUAUAUAAUCCAUCUGCUUAUGAUCAGUUCAUAAAUAAUAAAAUAGAUGAAGAUAAAGAAAAAUUAGAUAUUAUGUUAAAAUGUAUAAACGAGAUUGAAUGUGCAUAUAUAUAUAAAUAUCGAAGUGAUAAUAAUAUUAAAUUAACAUUUGAUGUUUUUUGUCAUAAUUUUUAUAUUUUUCUUUCUUAUAAUUAUAAAAAAAAAUUAUCAAUUAAAAAUUUUAAAAACAAAUAUAACCAAAUAAAAAAACCAAAUGAAUAUGAAUUUUCAGCAACCCAAAAUAUUAUGCAACUAAAUUCUAUAGGGGUAACUAUUCCAAAAAAUAUACACACUAACACCGAUGAUAAUAAUAAUAGUAUUAAAUCGUAUGAACAAGAAAUUAUGGAAAAAUUAAACCCUUUUAUAUUUGAGUCAGAACAUAUAAUAAAUGAACUUCAUUCAAAAAAUAAUUCCCUUCUUUUAAAUCCAAUACAAUUAGAAAAUAAUUUUUUUAUUAAACAUCCAGAUUAUGUCCAUAAUAUGACCAAACUAAUUAAGGAUAAAAAAAACACUAAUGAGAGUGAGCGUUUAUUUCACUUUUCUCAAAAAACAUUAUUUUAA